ACGGUUCCAAAACUUUUCUUUGCGCGUUUCUAGAUAUAUUGAUGUGGUAGUUGAUCGGGGACAAUGGAAGAGAUGCCAGAGCCUCUGAUUGACGAUUUUGAUGAUUAUGAAGAAGACCAAACAUCCAAUCUUGAUGAUGAAGAACGCAAGAUCAAGAAUUUCAUGAAAGAUUUGCCGAGUGCAGUGUCUUUCCAGCGCCCGGAUUCGGAAGACCAUCUGUGGUUAUCUUGGAGUGAGCCAACUUUCCCUCCUUGCAGUGUCUGGACCACAAAUCAACGGAUCAUUACAGGCAAUAUCAAAUCUGCGCUUCUACACUUCCAUCAUAAUUAUUAUGAGAAAGUUCUAAUACAGUUUUGGGCACCCAUCACAACAGAAACAGGGUGUGUACAGCUUGUUACUUCAGACCAACCUUUUGGUCUUACUUAUGAUGUUGAUGAAAGACUUCUUAAGUAUAGGAAGCAGUGUUUGCAAUACAAAUUUAAUGUGGAUGGGGAACAAAUAGAACACAUCGGAAUCCCUGGCCGUGUUUUCCACCAAAAAUGGCACGAGUGGAUACCACAUGUGCAAUAUUACUCUACCAAAGACUACCCACUGCGUGAUAUCGCUCUAGCUUGCGAUAUUUUGAGUUGUUCUUCUUUUCCAGUAUUUCAAACCUCUUUCCAGGACUGCGUUGGAGUACUCGAGUUUGCUGCAACUAGCGAUUACGAUUUAUGCUGCAUGUGUCAUUGUUUUUUGAAAGAUGAGCUCAAGGUUUGUUCAACCCCUAAUUUGUACUUAUAUUCUUCUAAUUAAUUUUUUGAUGAGGACUUAGAUGAUAAUGUAUCAUAGUUGGAUCUUACAGCGUGCGGGUCUGAAAACUUCUUUGUGUGAAUGGAUUUAUUUGUUAGGUAAGGUCCAAAUGUGUGAUUUGGUACUCUUUUUUUCCUUAUUUAUAUAUGUUUUCACUACUCUGUUCUCAUCGGCAAAUGUCUAUA